GCUUCGCACGACUGGCCAGUGUCCUAAAAUUUAAAAAAAAAGAAAAAGAAAAGAAACUAAUACAUUCUUUAUUCAAAUUUUUGGCGGUAAAUACUGUUCGGUUUUUAAAUACUAGUGUUGUGCAGUGUUCUUAUUAAUGUGGUACUUUUUGAAGCGAAACAAGCAAGUGGCAGCGAUGUUGGGUAUUUUGAGUAUAGCGGCGGUUAUUGUAAUAAUAUUGGCCACAAGAACAACGAGUCAUUCAACAGAUGAAAACUCUUCAGAUGAAACUGACGAUGUUAGCGAUGAUCCUAGUAUAUUUUCGACACACAAACUUCCAUUAGAAGAUAGGUUUAUGCCAUCCAUUGGGAACGGUCAUAUAGCAACAAAUAUAUUCAGCGAUACGGUAUAUAUGAAUGGCCUAUACAAUGGACGGAAGGGGGAAAGUCAUCGAGCGAGGAUUCCCAACUGGGCUAAUAUACGGCUAAAUUCUACACUUACGCAUAUGCCGUACCGUCCCGUCUAUAGUCUGGACACCAAAGAAGCAGCCUUCAAAGUGAGAGUCGACCGAGAUAGAUCCAUCGUCACACAAAGAAUAUAUGCCCAUAGAUUCUACACUAGGGCUAUUGUGAAUCAAAUUCAAGUAGUAGCUAAACCACAUGAUCCCAAUUUUAUUCAUCAUGAAAUAUGGAUAGCAAUUAAACAGAUACCUGGUCCUAACAGUGAAGAUGUUCAAUUCCAUGCUCCAGUGCCAGAGGUAUACGAUGGUCGCACCAUCUGGUACUCGUGUGGCUCUACCAAAGAUUCUGAAGAUCCUUCACACCAGCCUUUACCUGUCGAUGUUUGUGCAUAUUGGACCUCUGUACCUGAUUACCUGGUGGUACCUCAGCAUGGAUCCAAAGUAUUCACAUUUGUAAUGACGGUGGAUAAAAAUAUAACUGUUGCUAGGCAAGAACUCUUUGCAGUAUUACAGGAGGACGGUGAGGACCUGUACAAUAAGCAUAUCGACGAAUGGCGUUCUUUGUAUCAUCAGGCUGGAAUCCACAUCGAAGGCAACUUGCAAUUGUCUAAGAUAGUGAACGGUAUCUGGUACUACUAUUUGAGCUCAUUGCCAUCCCAGCACACGUAUCACCCACCAGGGAAGUACUACGGCCUCAGUCCUACAGGACUCGCGAGGGGCGGUUCACUACUGGACGAUUAUGAAGGGCACAACUUCUGGGAUACAGAAUUCUGGAUGUUUCCAUCGAUCCUGCUGCUCUACCCUCGAUAUGCCCAUGACCUGCUCCAAUAUCGGUUGGAUAUGGCCUACGUGGCAGCCGAACUUGCUAAAAUUACAGGCAACAAGGGUUACAGAUUUCCAUGGGAAAGUGCAUACACUGGCACCGAAGUGACGCAGCCGUGUUGUCCUGAGAUUGCAGAGUUUGAGCAGCAUAUUACUGGGUGCAUAUCAUAUGCAGCCCGCCAGUACUUGGCUACCACCAGGGACGAGGAGUGGUUAAAGCAAGGAGGUUGCUCCAUCGUAACUCAUAUCGCUGACUUCUGGGCUUCCCGGGCUGUCAUAAAUUUCAAUACUGGAUUGUAUGACAUUGAAAGAGUAAUGGGCCCUGAUGAGGAUCACAGUAAUGUCACAAAUUCUGCUUUCACCAACGUCGUGGCUGGAUACUCAUUAUACUUGGCACAAUAUGUUUCCUGUCUUUGUAAGUCGUACUAUAUGGCGAAAGGACUUGACCAAUGGGCUGACAUCGCUUGGAGCCUGGCGUUGCCUUACGACGAAACCUUGGAUUAUCACCCGCAGUUCUCAGGGUACAAGAGAGGUGAACAAAUCAAGCAAGCUGACGUAGUUCUAUUAGGGUUUCCGUUGCAGUAUCCCAUGAAUAUGUCGACUAGGGUUAAUGAUUUAUCGUACUACGAGUCUGUGACGCGUAGCUCUGGACCGGCGAUGACCUGGAGCAUGCACACUAUUGGACACCUGCGUAUUCAGGACGACAAGAAAGCAGCCGACAUGUUCAAUAAGAGCUACCAGGGCUAUGUGAGAGAACCUUUCAAGGUGUGGAGCGAACUUCAACGGCCAAAUGUUGGCGCUGUGAAUUUCUUCACUGGCAUGGGAGGAUUCCUCCAAACUCUGAUCUUUGGUUACGCAGGUGUCAGCAUCCACCUCGACCGUCUCGAGAUAAAUAGACCACAGCUACCACCUAAUACCACAAACUUUAAGAUAAGAGGUAUAAAAUAUUUGGGUGCCAAUUUAACAUUGGGCAUAACAGAAGCGAGCAGCACAUUGGUCGUGGAGUCUCUAGAUGACGCCUGGCCCUUAACCUUUAAUGAUGGAAAGUACAACAUUACGCUGGCACCAGGAAUGACAGUGACAUUGUCUGGUAGUGGUCCAUUCAGAGUGCACUCGAUACCAUGGAAGGACUGCAAGCUUCCCGAAGACACCAUCGGUCAUAACUAUUUGAGACCUAGCAACUUAUAGCAGUAGCUGAUACUUGUCAUACGAAGUACUUGAUUCGUAAUGUAAUAAU